ACGCGCCCGUCAAGAGACGCUUCCGGCCAGUGAAGAAGACGAACUUCCUUUUCCGGGUUAGCUCCCCCACUUUGCACCGUAAGAAACCGCGGCGCGGAUAAAGGGUGCUACGUUUACGGUUUCUCUUUCGCAAAAGAAAGAAGGAGUGAGGAAGGAACAACAGCUUUGUCUUAUGGCUGCUCCAGGAAAAGUGGCAGCUUUCCAUCUGCCUCCCUUGCCAACCAUUGGAGAGAUCAUUAAACUCUUUCGCCUUAAAGCACAGAAACAACUUUCCCAGAAUUUUCUACUGGAUUUGCGAUUGACAGACAAGAUAGUGAAACAAGCUGGCAAUCUGAAAAAUGCCCAUGUUUGCGAAGUAGGCCCUGGGCCAGGAGGAAUUACCAGAUCCAUUCUCAGUGCUGGUGUUCAACAACUCCUUUUAGUUGAAAAAGAUGCUCGAUUUAUUCCAGGAUUGCAGAUGCUGUCUGAAGCAGCUCCAGGAAAAGUGCGCAUUGUUCAUGGAGAUAUUCUGACGUAUAAGAUAGAGAAGGCUUUUCCAAAGCACUUAAAAAAGGACUGGGCAGACGAGCCACCAGACAUACAUAUUAUUGGGAAUCUGCCCUUCAGUGUUUCAACCCCUCUAAUAAUCAAAUGGCUUGAAAAUGUUUCGAAAAAGGAUGGACCUUUUAUUUAUGGCAGGACACAAAUGACGUUGACUUUCCAGAAGGAAGUUGCAGAGAGGCUUACAGCUAAUCCGGGAGACAAGCAACGUAGCAGACUGUCCAUCAUGUCUCAGCAUCUCUGCACUGUUGAAAACUGUUUUGUAAUUCCAGGUCAAGCCUUUGUUCCAAAGCCACAGGUGGAUGUAGCUGUGGUGCAUUUCACUCCAUUGGUGACGCCAAAGAUACAGCAGCCAUUCAAGCUAGUAGAAAAAGUGGUCCAAAGUGUUUUCCAGUUUAGAAGGAAAUACUGCUUCCGCGGAAUUGAGACCUUGUUUCCUGAAGAUGGACGUCUGAAAAGAACAGAACAGCUAAUGAUGACAGCAAAUGUUGAUCCAACUCUGCGUCCUUUUCAGCUCUCCAUGUCACAGUUUAGGAAUCUGUGUGAUACAUACAGGAAAAUGUGUGAUGAAGACCCAAGCCUUUUUGUGUACAGUUACAGAGAAGAACUACGGCAAAAGAAGAUGAGGAAUUUACCUAUAAGUACCAGUGAGCCAGAACAGACUGAAGAGGAGAAUCAGCUGUAACAGCUGUAAUUGCAGCAGACUGGUAUUUUAUUCACUUGUUUUAACUCCUGCUGUUAAUUUGUUAAAAGGAGUCUUAUGUACUCCUACAUCUGUGCAGGUAUGGAAGAAAUACUUCUUAGAAGGUGGUAGAGAGAGAGAGGCUUUCCCAUUUUGUUGACUCCAUUCAGCUGUACACAAAAGUGAUAAUAGCAGUCCAGUUACAAGGUGUCUACAGGUUCCUUUUGCUUCAAGGGAAUGGCUACCAAGAACAAGGUAUGUUGGGAGACAUGCAGUUAACUUGGGAUACUUCUGAAGUAAUUGAAUUUUGUAUGAACAGAAGUGCAUUAUUAAAAUAUAAGAAAAAAUACAUUUCAAACUUCAGUAUCUAAAAGUGCAUUUGGGGUUUUGUGCUUUUUUUAUUCUAGAACAUCCUACUUGUGCAGAGCAAUUUAAAAAAAAAAAAAACAAGUCCAAACUGUUGUGUAAACAUACUCAAGUGACUGACUUAAAGGAGGAUAAAGUGCACAGACUGCCUCAAGGUCUACUAAAAUACUCUUGCCAUUUAUGCAAAAGCAAACAAUUUGGCAUUUAAAGCUCCAGCUAGAGAAAAGCAGCAUGAUAAAAAGUAGAAAACAUGGCUAAGUACAAUAUUUAUUUGUCUUCAACUGUACAGGCUGGUAGAGAAAAUAAAAAUACAGUCAAAUAAAAGAUUACAGGCCAAGCUUUUGUUUGUAUUUACACAUAUGUAUAAAGUAUAAACAGCAUCUUGAAACUUACAAAAAUGAAAUUUCUGCUCUAUUGUGCACUAAAACACAUUAAAAUAACUUAGUUCUGCUUUAAAUAAAGCAAAAAUGAAACACAAAGAAAUAAAUUGCCCACGGCAUUGAAAAAUUUGUUUUGCAAUGCUGCUUUCCAUUGUAAUCCCCUCUGUCACUCACUAGGACAUUUUCCACUUUACUUAAAAUGCUAGUGAGGCCAUCCUUCUCUUCCCCUCCCUAGGAAUCCUACAUCAUCUUAACUGCUUGAAAAGGACAAACUAAUUUACAGACCUUCGUCAACUUAAUCUAUUUUUGAUCCACAAUAAAUUAAAAUAACUUAAGAAUCCUUUACAGCUGUUUUUGUGGAAAAAAUGUAAUAGUGCACAAAAUCAGAUAGUAGUUUUCCUGCAGCUUCCAUG